GCCGCGGGCCGGUGUGGUGAAAGCCGGGCUUGUCUCGGGAGGCCGAUCGCCCCCUCUGCUGGGGACGCUUUCUUCAGCGAGGACCCGCUUCCCCUUCUCUCAAGGGGUCUAGAGUGUUCUCUGAAGUUUUUGGAAGGAAAAAAGGACCAAGAUUCUUCUGACAGUUUAGCCCCAGGAGACAUUUAGUGAACUGAAGGCUCAGUACUCCCACCCUAAGUGGGAGGAAACGAAGUCCGGUGUUUGCCCUCCCCACCUGCUACCAUGAGAUUAAAUGAGAACGUUUUGCUGCUGGGAAAGAAGGUGGUGCUGGUACCCUACACCUCAGAGCACGUGCCUAGAUACCACGAGUGGAUGAAAUCAGAGGAGCUGCAGCGUUUGACAGCCUCCGAGCCCCUGACCCUGGAGCAAGAGUAUUCGAUGCAGCGGAGCUGGCGGGACGAUGCAGACAAGUGCACGUUCAUUGUGCUGGAUGCAGAGAAGUGGCGGGCCCGGCCAGGCACCACUGAAGAGAGCUGCAUGGCGGGCGAUGUAAACCUCUUCCUCACCGAUUCAGAGGACCCCUCCUUGGGGGAGAUCGAGGUCAUGAUUGCAGAGCCCAGCUGCAGGGGCAAAGGCUUUGGCACCGAGGCUGUUCUUAUGAUGAUGUCUUAUGGAGUGACCAAGCUAGGUCUGACCAAGUUUGAGGCUAAAAUUGGGCAAGGAAAUGAACCAAGUAUCCGGAUGUUCCGGAAGCUUCACUUUGAGCAGGUGGCUGUGAGUAGCGUGUUCCAAGAGGUGACGCUCAGACUGACAGUGACCGAGCAUGAGCGGCAGUGGCUUCUGGAGCAGACCAGCCACGUGGAGGAGAAGCGCUAUCGAGAUGGGUUGUUGGAGUCCUGUUGACAGCUGGCCCUGUGGGCAGCCGCCCUGUGUGAAUGGGGGUGGUGGGACCACGCAGUCCAGAAGAGCAGAGCCCUGAAUCAGUUGGGGGCCUUUGGGGCAGAGUGCUCCUGACUCCACUCCAGCCUGGGGGCCUCUUUUGGGGCCCUUCAAAUUCUGGGCCGGACUUGCCUUGGCCUCCUUCAGGCUGGCGGUGAGUGUGGAUGAGCAGCUCCAGGGCAGGCCAGCAGAAGCCUGGAGUGGACUUUCAGACCUGGAGUGGACAGCACGAAUCCACAGGAGGCAGGGUGGAGGUGGGAACAGAGGUGAAUGGGGGCCUGGUGAGGGCCUGGAGGGGCCGCCCUUGCCUGGAGUAAAGUGUCCUGCUCA